UAACAGCGCUUUUAGUCAGAUUGGCAUGUCUGAGCCGCGCGUCCCUUGCAAAAAGAAUUCCUGUACAGAAAACCGGGCUGUUUGUGCUAAAAAAAACACAGUAUAAAGUGCGUAAUAAACGUUUAGUCCACUGAAAAAGUGUUCGGUUAGUGUUGCGCGAGUAUCAGUUAUAGUGUUAAACGUGUUUUUAUGUGCACUGUACAAGUCUAGCUUUGCUUUUCGCUUCCUUUUUCUGUUCAUUUUCUUCUGCACCAAGCGAAAGUUGCAGCCGCCGCCGUCGCCGACGCUCACACCGCCCACAAGCUCACAAUUUUUUCAUCGCAGCUGCAUUGUAAUUAAUUUAAUGCUAAAUGUAUAAUGUCGCUGGAUGGCGCACAAUUAAACUAUGUAAAUGCCGCUGGCACUACAGUCGCAUACACCGCGAAAGGACGUAAUUUCAAUGUGGGCUCCUUUUUGGGCUGCGAUUUGGUGCUGCCCGAUGCCGAGCGCAUUCACUGCGAGAUACAAUGCGACGCCUUUGGCAGGGUGGUUAUCUACAAUCACUCUAGCAACGAGCCAAUCCUGCUUAACGAUCAGAUUGUCCAGGGGAAGACCAAGCGUCCACUGCUGCAUGGCGCCCGCAUUCAAAUACUGAAUGAAUCGUACACCUGGCAUUUUCCCAAAAGUGAAGAGGCUAACACACCGGAUCGACCGGCACCGGAACAGGCGCCAAAUUCAUCGCCCAGUUUGAAAGCACACCGACAGCGUCGUCAAUUCGACAAUCGCCUCACCGUCCACAACUUUCGAUAUGCAAUAAAUUCGGACGAUGAGGGCAACACAUCCAUUGAAUCGCGCGAACUGGAGCUUAGCACAAGCAGCAAUGCAGCAGAGCCUUCAGUUGUGGCAGAGCCGGAACGCUGUAUAACACCACCAGCCAAAGAAGGGGAUGAUACGAUGCCCAAAGUGAAUCUGCUGGAGGCGACACAGAAUAAGGAGAACACCAGCACGCCCUGCAAUAAGUUAAUGUUACAGUUGUGUGCCCGGUCGGAUGUGGUAGUCACAUCGUUUUCACCACGCGAAACGGGCGUCAGGAUUGAAAAGUCCUUUACGCGCAUCAUGAAACCCAGCACAGCAAUCGGACUGCUGUCGGCGGCGACAACGCCAAAAAGCGUCUAUAAUACACCGAAGAGUGUGCUCUCCGAGCAGAACGAUGAUAGCUGCAGUCGCGAUCUAAUGGAGUUCAGCACGCCGUCCACGUCGAAGAAGGCUCUGACUGGCAAACGUCCAUCAUCCAUGUUUCUAAUUGAUUUGACAACGCCGCAACGGUUGCGGCCCACAUUGGCCGUAACGCCCAAACAUACGCCCGGCAGUACUGGUAUUAUCAGUGUCGACUCCACCGAUGAAUCCUCUGAUGCUUCGCCGCUGGUCAUAGAUAUAACCAACUCAUCCACGCCUUCAUCAUCAAAACAACAGCCACGUCUUUUGGCUAAAACGCCCAAGGAGAAGUUGCUGGCGGCCGGCUCCACGCCGAAGCGUACGCCGCAAUCUCUGAUGAAACGUGCACUGAUCACCAGCGCUAAGAAGCAAGUGCCCACAACUAACAGCAAAUGCACCACGCCGGCGGCAAUGCCUGCCAGGCAGUCGCUGCUCGAGGCACGUCGUCAGUGCCUGACCGCGCCACGACGCCUACCCUUCCACCCGCAGCCGCAAUGGCGCACAGUGGGCCGUCGUCAGCAGUCCGGAGUGCCCGCUAAAGCACCGAUGACAUCGCCACGCAAACGCCAGUCAGUAUGCUUAAGCAGUCCGCGCGACAACAAAAUCUCGCAGGUGCGCAAAACGCUGGCCGCCGCCGCCAAGCUAAGUCCCGGCAUGGGUAUGAGCAACAAGCUGGUGGCCAGAGCACGUCGUGCUCUCAACUCGCCCAAGCAAAAUACACCGCAGCGCAUUGCCUCGCCCAAAGUUGAUACCGCACAGACAAUGGGAGCACCAGACCAAGCAGACAAUGAAACCUUUACAACAGAUCUUGAACUAAAUUCUUCGGCUGUGCUGAGUCACACGUUUACCAUAGAUGAUAAUGUCGCAAAUGUGGAGCAGCCCAUGGAAGCAGCAGCUUUGGAGGCAGUGGCUGCUUUAAUAAACGAUGAAGAUAAUGGAAAGCCUUGCCUAGUUGGUUUGCUGGACAGCAGUGUGGAUAACAGCAAACAGCUAGAUGCAUCUCUUAAUGAACGUCAAAGUAAUGGCAAUGCUGCACGAUUGGAGCUUAAUGAGAGCAGCAAAGAAAUAGUGUCUGUAGCAGGCACCAAAGAUACUGAAAUUUCCAGAACAAACAGCGAAAACAAUGAGCCCGCGAAUAAAACCCAUGAUGAAACGGAAAAUCAUGCAAUAGACAGAACCAUUGAUGCGAAUGUUUCCCAGGAUUUGCCUGCUGAUAUUUUUGUUGAAAACAAAAAUAACGAACCCCUAAAGACAGGUGUGGGACAUUCGACAACAGUUGAGCCUACAAAUGAGAGUUUAAUUCAUGAAGAGAAUCUUCAACCCACCGGUGUUGAGAAAAAAGUUACCAGCCAUGAUAAAUCUAUUAGAUCACAAGAAACAGACCAGGAAUUGGUUGAGGAUCCACACCCUGUAAGCGUGUGCAAUGUGACAACAGUUGAUGUUAUUGACGAUAGCAUCUGCGAGGAGGUCGCCACAACAACAACAUAUCAAGAAGUUGAGGAUGGUAAUACAGACCUGCAUCUAGCAGAGGACGCCAUUUGCGAGGAGGUGCCCACCAGCGAGGAGAAUGCUGCCCAAGAUAAUGAUCCGCCAGAGGAAGGUGCGGAACAGAUUGCAACGUCAGGAAAAACACCAAGACGCAGCAUGCGACGCCUUUCAGUGGAACAGAGUGCAGUUGGCUUAACGACCAGACGCAGCGUUCGCCGCGCCUCCAUGGAAGCCAGCAACAAGCUGCAGCAGUGCAGCAAGCCCACACGUCGUGCCUCGUGCUCUGCUAGUCUGGAAAAUCAAGUAAACGUCAUGGCGUCCGCCACGCCCAAACGUAAGAGGCGCCUUACGGAGGAGCUGUCUACGCCAGCUCGCAAGUCGCUACGCCUCCCAACCCAUACACCGAAGCCAGCAGCGGAAGUGGAUGAAUCAGUGGGUGACAUGGGCGUCAUAGUAGAAGAGGAGGAUGCACUACAGAUAGAAGCUGAUAAAUUGCCGGCAGAUGAAGAUUACGGCAAUGAAGUGACAGCUGAUGCAGAUGAACCAGAUAAAAUUGACUAUGGCAUGCGGGAACUGUUGAAGACGCCCAAAAACUGCAGCACACCGCGUUUCAAGGGACUCCGCGAAAUGAUGCGCACACCCAAGGUGCCCAAUUCUCCCAUACUGGGCAACAUUGAGGAGCUACUGGAAGCUGAUUCAAAUGAUGCAACUGGCACGCCCAAACGUCAACAAACUGUAAAUCGUAUUACAUUGCAGCUGACACAUUCUGAAGCGCCGGGCGAUGCACAGGACUUGUAUUUCAAGACGCCACGUGGCAAGAAUUUAAUGAUACCAAAUGAGCCCGCCAGCGCUGUGCUGAAUACGUGUGAGAAUUCGCUAGCCACCACAACUGAAUACGAUUUGAAUGCAACAAAUACUACGUUACACUUGGAUAAAAUCUUUGAUGAUGUGCUAACUGCCGAAGCAACGAAUCCCGUCAUCACUGUUGAGGAAUCGGAGGCCGAGAUAAACGUGACUGCUGUUAGCGUAGCCAAUACUACCGCUCCGGAUCCGUUGUCCACAUCUAUAGCAAGAGCCGAGUCUGUGGAACCGAGUGACACUAUGAACUCCGAGGCGCUGAUGUCAAUUGCUAACAUUGAUGCCAGCAAUCGGGAUCCUUUAACAAGCACCGCAUUUAAGCCUGGCGCUGGUGGGGAACUUCAAAUGAGUGCGCUGAUCGAUGAGCGUUAUUCGGAAAUUGCCAAAUCUUCGGAAAUUUGCGAAGUAAGCGGCAUACAACUACUCGAUCAAACAUCGGAUUCCAUGUUCUCUGAGCAAUUAAUUGUUUCCGGCGUGGACUCGCGCGAUGUGACAUUGGAGGAAACAAAAGCCACGGGUCGUGUAAAAUUGCGAACGCCCAGGAAAGAGCGGCUGGAAGAAAGUUUUGAUACGGAUUCGAUGGUGGGUCUGACUGAGCCUCUAGUACUUAGCGACGAUGAGGAUGUGGUGGAAGUUGUACCAGAUGGCAAUGAGCAAUUAGAGAAGCCAAAUGCCAACAAAUCUGUCGUUCAAGUAGAAAAAACUCAACUUGAACAGGAGCAUUCUCAUCAUGUAACUAUCCAAGAACCGGAACAAGAUAAAAGCGAUUUUGAUAUACCCGAGAGCUCAUCGGUCAAGGAGCAAGACUGCAUUGAAAAUAAAUCAACUAUCUUAGAAAAUUCUCAGAAGAACGGCCAGCAAUCUACAGUCUCAAUUGUCGAAGAAUUAUCCGUUCAACUUGAAGUAUCAAAUCAAACCGUAUCCGAGAUUGAUCUGGAGGCAACGAACAUAGACGAAACGUUAUCUCAGAUUGAUAUCAAAAGAAAAUCUACAAUUUAUACCAUUAAUGUUAGCCAGGGUGAACUUGAUACAAGCUUAGAAGAAUCUUUAGAACACAAUCUAAGCAAAGUACAGGAAGAGUCCACAAAUGAAUUGAACGCUUCAAACGCAGCUGAAGAAUCGUUGCGCCAAAAUACAACUGAAGCUCCAGACGUGUGCGAAGAUGAGUCCAUAAUAGAUCUGGAUGUUGGGGAAUUGAAUACAUCAACAGUUAAUGACAAAAAUAAAGAUGUGCAGUUCAAUAAAUCUCAAGAUAUUCAGCAUCUAGAAAAAGAACUGGAAGCCGUCGAUACAUCUGUCGAAGACAUAUCGAUUGCCACAAAUGAAAAAGAAGUUCUGGAAAGUGAACUCUCCAGCAAAGAAAAGGGCGAGUUUCAAAAAGAGAGAAGUCCGGAGCUUCAAUCGAAUGUAUCCAAAGAAUCCCUUGAAAAUAAUUUGGCAAAUGAUACAAAUGAAGCCAAAAUACCUGGGACACUUGAAGCCACAAAUGCGCAUGACUCUAUUCUGGAAGCAGCGACAGCUCAGCGUGAAAUUAUGGAGUCCAAAGAAACCGCAUUAAGUACCACAAGCGCAUCUAGGGAAACUGCUGAUGCACAUGCUGAGGAAAUUACAAAAACACCUGCUGAUGGGAACGCAAUUGUUAAAAAUGUAACGAUUACAGUCGAUCUAGAAGAGUCCGUAAUUGAAUUGGAUGCCUCUGUACUAGAAGAAGCAGACAUUCUAAUUGAACAGUUAGAGGAGCAAAUUCCAGAGAUUGUAAUAACAUCGCCCAGUGAAAUACUAGAUUCAGAUGAAGCUGAGGUGGAAACUAUCCAACUUAAUGAGUUGUUGAUUGAAAUCAGUGCCUCAACGGUGGCUGAAAUUGAACCAAAAGGCGAGGCCACCUCCAUCGAAGAUGAGCCGAAAGUGGAGAUUAAUGACUCAGCAGCCAAAUCAGUUUAUCAAGCAGAUGUCCAAGAACCUAACCCAGGAUCUGCCGAAGAGUUGUUAAACCAAUUGAAUCCCACCGAUCAACGUGAAGCGCUACUUGCUUUUGAAGCAUGCAGCGAAUCUGACAAUGAGGAAAAGAAGGCACAAAUACAACCGCACGAGAGGAAAACUGUCGAAUCUGAAAUGCUCUCUGAGGAAUCUACUUCUCUAGCUAUCCUUGAAAGCAGUAUAACCAAUAAGAAUGAGUCGAUAGUUCAGCUUGAUGAUGAAAACAAAAAUAAAUUUAAUGCAGCGUUUGAUGAUAUUCUGCCCAGAUAUUCCGAAGAAUCCUCAGCGGACACGAACGAAGCUCCUGCUAUUGAGGCUUCUGCGAAUGUAAAUGCGCCACUGAUUAAACCAGAUGCAUCUGUUGUAGGCGAAGGCGAUAAGAAUGAGCAAAAUGUCAAUGAACAGGUUAGCGAAACAAGCGAAAAAUCAAUUGAUGAGGAAGUCACAAAUGUAGAUGAGUCCCUCAUCGAAUUAAAUGCUUCAGUUUUAGCAGAAACUGAUAAGACUUUGGAUGAACCCCAAGCACAAGCACCGGCUCCAUCUGAAGUCGCGAAUGUUGAUGAGUCGUUGAUAGAACAGAACACAUCAGUUGUGGGAGAAACGGCUAAUGUAAGCAAACAACUUGGUGAAACUCCUGAAAUGAUGGAAGCAACUGCUGAAAAAGCUUCGACUGAGGCUACGGACGCACAUGAAAUGCAAGUCACUGAUGAAGCUUUCGAUGAGUCUGUUGUUGAAUUGGAUGCUUCAGUUGUAACAGCAAAUGAAAUUCCAUGUUCAUCUACAGAAAAAGCAUCGGUGGAAGUUACGUACAAAGAUGCCUUGCUUACAUUGAAUGCUAAGAUGAAAGGACGGGAAUCUCUUGAAGUACCCAUAAACGAAAACCAGACAGAAGAAGAAAAUAUGACCAAUGACAAACAAGAUGAGCCGAUAGAGAAAAUUCCACCUAUUAUAGAAGAAACGGAGGAUAUUGUUUUAGAUGCUUCAACAGCAAAUGCGUCAGAACUUGAGAAACCUGAUGAAGUCUCGGAAGAUAUAAAAUCCGAUCAUGAAACGUCAGCUCACUACAAAACAAUCGAUUUAGAUGCUACAUGCGAAGCUCAAGCUGACAUUAUUGAAGUAAAUGAAAACCUACUGGCAAAAUCAAGCCCUGUUCCAGAAUCAUCAGUACAGGCUGAAGAGUCAAAUACAAACUUAGAUGACACGGCUGAUAAUGUAGCAGAGAAGGACACCGAAGAAGAAAAACCAAAUCCCGUCGCAGAGUCUACAGAACUACAAGUUGACGCUUCAAUUUCCAUUUUGAAUGAACCCGCCUCAAGUGUAAUCAAAGCGGAUGAAAAUGAGAAAGUUGAAGCUGCGCCUGACGAAGAACUUGGAGUUCAAGGUAAAAGUAGUCAAGCUCAGUCAGAGCAAAAUGCAGUAGCCGAAAAUAAUCUAAAGAAGUCCAUGAUUGCCAAGGAAGAGUCUUCUGAAGAACCAGAAAAAGCUGGGAAUAAGCCCGAAUCUGUAGCAGAAAAUCCAAUUGAAGAAAGCGCUGAUCAGUCGGAGCUAAAUGUAAUAGCUGCAAGUGAUCUGAAGAAGCCCACGAUUGCCGAGGAAGAGUCUUCUGAAGAACCAGAAAUAUUUGAGACAGUCAUUGCUUUGGAUGUCAGCUCCGCGGUUGGGAAGGAUCCUGAAUGUGUAGCAGAUAAUCCAAUUGAAGAAAGCACUGAUCAGUCGGAGCUAAAUGUAAUAGCUGCAAGUGAUCAGAAGAAGCCCACGAUUGCCGAGGAAGAGUCUUCUGAAGAACCAGAAAUAGUUGAGACAGUCCUUAAUUUGGAUGUCAGCUCUACAGCUGGGAAUAAUCCCGAAUCUGUAGCAGAUAAUCCAAUUGAAGAAAGCACUGAUCAGUCGGAGCUAAAUGUAAUAGCUGCAAGUGAUCAAAAGAAGCCCACGAUUGCCGAGGAAGAGUCUUCUGAAGAACCAGAAAUAGUUGAGACAGUCAUUAAUUUGGAGAAUGAUCCCGAAUCUGUAGCAGAUAAUCCAAUUGAACAAAGCUUAGCAAUGGAUAAAGAAGAGCAGUCGAAAGAUUUAUUGACUGGCGUUGAAGAACUUUUAUGUAAAGAAGAAUUGGCUGGACAGCAUGAUAAAGGAGUUGAUAAAAUUGCAGAACAACCGAAUAUUGCACAGGAAACUGAAACUGAUCAAUCCGAAGAAGCGGAAGAUAUUGUUGCAAUGGAAGCAGCAGAAGAGAUCAAUUUAAGCUCGUCUCAAGUGGAAAGCCUAGACAAACAAGAUGAGGAUGAGGUGGAGAUUACUGAAAAGUUGCCUGCAGAAGAGUUACCUGUUGAAAACGAGGCAGUAAUUGAAUUGGAUGAUUCCACAGUUGACUCCAGCUCUGUAGCUGCGACUGUGAUUGAAUUAGAUGACUCUACUACAGCAGACUCCAACUCUGUUGCUGAUGCAACAGUUAUUGCACGUUUUGAUGAAGCGGUAAUUGAACUGAAUGAUUCCUCUACGGACACCAACUCUGCGCUGGAUAAACGAAGUGAGGACACAAAAGCUGAAUCUCCUCUUGAAUCACCGCCAAUGCAAGUCCCAAUCGAAUUGCCUGAAUAUAGCAGUUCGAUUUCUAAUAUAGAAAAUGCCGAUGCAGUAUCGAAUGACAACUUGAAUCAAGUAACAGUUGAUGAACAAGUAGGCGACGGGUCCGAACGACAGGCAGUCUCUGAACAAGUUCGAAUGGAGGCAGUAGCUACUGAAGCCCAGAAAGUAAACGUAACUGAAAAUUUGGAGAACAAAAUGGAGGAAGAGCCAAAGAAAGUGCGACGUGGCCGCAGGCCAUCAAUUCUUGUGGAAACCGAAGCUGCACCUUCCGAACCGAAGUCUACCAAACGUGGCAACAGAAACGCAACACCUACUGUGAAGGAAGACAGUUCCAAGCUAAGCGGACGCUUAUCAACAGAUAUGUUUGCCGAAAUUCAAGAUCAAGAAAUAAUUGAAAAAGAAGAAGUGCAGCAAGAUGAGGAUGUCGUGGACGAUGUUGUGAGUGUGACGAAUGUGAAAUGUGAUGAUAAAGCGAUGGAAAAGCCCAAGCGACAUAGACGCAAAUCUAUGGCGAAGGUUGCGGAAAAUGAAGAACAAGUGGAGAAAAUGCCUACGACUGAACAGGAAAAGCCUAAGCGGCGUGGCAAAAAACUUGCCGCUGAAAAUGUUGAUACCCAAGUAGAAGGGAAAACGGACGACAGGACUAAAAGGUGUGGACGUAAAUCUGCGUUGGAGACGGAAGAAAGGCAAGAAUCCGCUGAAAAGCAGGAAGCUGAAAAGAUCGCAGAAGGAAUCGAAAUCAGUACAGAGAAUAAGUCUGAUGAGACAAGCGAUUUAAGCAAAACGACACGGCAGGAAAGAAGAUCAACAGUUGAUGUCGAAGUCGAAAAGAAUGUAAAAGCCACAAUCGCAGAAGAAGCCGUUAAGCAUAAUCCCAAACGCCGUGGUAGAAAACCAACAGUGGAUAUUGGAACAGUUGAGAAGGAAGUUGAAGUGACGAUCGCAGCAGGAGUUGUCACACAGGGAGAGAUGUCCGCCGAAGCGAGCGAUCUAAUCAAAACAAAACGUCGAGGGAGAAAAGCAGCGGCGGAGGCAGUUGAAACGGAAUCCCCUGCAGAGCAGAAAGUGGUAGCUAUAGAAGCAGAAAGUGAAACGCAUGAAGAGAAGUCCGAUGAAGCAAACAACCUGCUCAAAACCAAACGUCGAGGAAGAAAAGCUACAGAAUCCUCUGCAGAGCAGAAAGUGGAAGAAGCUAUUGGAGGAGAAAGUGAAAUGCAUGAAGAGAAGUCGGAGGAUGUAAACAAUCUGCCCAAACCCAAACGUCGAGGAAGAAAAGCUACAGUUGAGGCAGUUGAAACGGAAUCCCCUGUAGAGAAGAAAGUGGAAGAAGCUAUUGGCGGAGAAACUGAAACGCAUGAAGAGAAGUCCGAAGAACCAAACAAUCUGCCCAAAACAAAACGUCGUGUAAGAAAAGCUACAGUUGAGGGUAAUGAAACUAAGGAGCAAGAGGAGAAGAUGAAAGAAGUGCUUGUGGAAAAAACAACAGAUAAGCCGGAUAAGCCGAGGACGAGACGCGGUCGAAAACCGACAGCGGUUGAAGAUGAAGCGCCAGAAGUCGUGACAUCCGUAAAGCCCAUUGAGGAGCCAAUCAAGGAGAAGCCCAAACGACGCGUUCGCAAGGCAUCAUUAGAGGUGACAGAAACAACCGAAACAGCGGAGCUGCCAGAGCGCAAACCCACGCGUCAUGUACGCAAAGCUUCAGCGGAAACUGUGGAGCAACAAGCAGCAUCCAAAGAGCAUCUUGCUAUAAUUGAAGAAGCAGCCGACCCGGUGUUAAAGAGCGUGCGUUUGGACGAUCCAGUCAAAAAGCGUGGUCGACGCCCAUCUAUCUCUGUGGAAUCUGUGCAGCCAGCAACGCUAGCCCAGGAGCUGGUCGUGGCAUCCGGUUCACGGGAGAAAAGUGCAACGCGACGCGGACGUAAAGCCACAGCCGAUACGGAUGCGCUAGCUGAGACGGCCGAACUUAAGCCAAAGCGACGCGGUCGUAAGGCAUCGGACGACGGAAUGCAAUCGGAUGAAACGACGCAGGAGCCAGCAGAGAAACAAGCUAGGCGUGGUCGCAAGCCCAGCGCUGACGUAGAGCACAAAGCUGCCGCAGAAGCAGAGCCACCAGUUGAAAAGAAACACCAACGACGCGGUCACAAACCUUCAGUUCAUAUGGAAACCUCAGUGGAGGAGCCGCCGCAGGCAAAGAAGGCAACCGCGCGUCGUGGACGCAAAGCUUCUUUGUCCACACCGGUUGAUGAUCUGGAACAGCAUCUCGAUUUGCAGAAUUUGCACGCGCAGCUGCCGGAACCAGCCAUAGUUGUUGUUGCUGCAUCGCCGAAAACACAGCUGCCAAGCUCAGAGGAUGAGCUAACGCCGCGACGUCGCGAAGGACGGAAUUUACCGCGCAAGAACUAUGACGAAACAUCAGAUGAGGAUAAGUUAGGCUCGUCUCGCCGAGUGCGUAAACCUGUAGCCAGCAAGACGACCGCAACUACAGCUGCCAAAUCACCGGGUGCAGGGACAUCGCCCAUACCAAAGCCCAACACGCCGUUGCCCACCAAGCAAAAUACAAUUGCGGAAUCGACUGUGGAGCCUGUGGCACCACACACGCCCACUGGACAGACCAUUGUACUGCCAGAUCAAACAAGUUCACAGCGACGUGAGGGACGCAAUGUGCCGCGCAAGAAUUACAAUGAAACGUCCGACGACGAGAAGCCGGCCACAUCGCGGGGACGUCGUGUCCGUCAGCCGACAGCCAAGGCACUGGAGCUUUUGGUGGAUACAGCUACGCAUCGUUCUGCUACGCCCAAGCGGCGCAAGGGCAAGGCUGCCGCUGAAGACGAAGCCGAACAGCCGCCAGAGAAAAAGGUCGCAGCAGAUGAGGCCAUGCCUGUGGUAACUAAACCGCGUGGCGGUGCGCGACGCAAGGCACCUGAAGAGCAAGUUGAGGCCGAAGUUAUAGCCGCAGCGCCGACAGCAGCAGCCAAACGCGUUGCACGCAGUCGCAAGGAGAGUGCCACCAGUCAACAGGAAGAGGCCGAUGUGGAUGAUGCGGAGCCUAAGCAGACGCCAGCGAAGCGCACUGCACGCGGCGCUUCGAACGCACGCAAAGCCAAAGCAGCUGAGGCGGAGGCAGACGAUCAGCCGGCUACCAAAAAAGCCCGAGGCGGUGCACGCGCCAAGACGCCAGUCGUUGUGGCGGAGCCAACUAAGGCCAACGAUGUGGAGAUCGAUUCAGCGGAAAUGCCGGCCACCAAGCGAGCACCGGUUGCACGUGGACGUGCUGCACGCACCACCAAGGCCGUCCAGGAAGUCGCAGAUGCGUCGGAGACGCCGGCACCCACACGCGCCGGACGCGGUCGCAAGGUGCACUUUGAGACGACGGAAGAGGCAACAGCCCAGCCGGAACAAUCCGAAGCGCCCAAACGUGCCACACGCUCUCGUCGUAAAUAAAUCAACAUAUAUUUUAUAUUUUAGCAUAUUUACAAUUCCGUUUAAAGUUCAUAAGUUUUUGUUUAUUGUUUAUGCCUCCUGUGUACAAAAAAAAAAAGGUUUACAGCAUGGUAAUAUAUGUAUCUACGUAUUGUUAAUUUUUAAGUUUAAAAAUUCCGGAAACAGAUGAGAGAGGCGGAGCGAGAGCUGUACGUUUAAGAUAAAAGACACUCGCUCGCUCAAGCAUACAUAUAUGAGUUAUAAUAAUACAUAACAGAAUGCAUAUGAAUACAUAUAUAUAUAUAUAAAUAUAGAUAUACACAAAUAACUUACCUUGUAAGAAUUCUCAGAAAGAUCAAAUACCUAAUAAAGAAAUUAAAAAAAAAA